CCUGCGGCUCGCUCCCGCAGCCAUGGCGGCGCUGGCCGGCCGACGGUGCCUUCCCUGGGUGUGGCUCCGCAGGAGACCCGGGCAGGGCCACGGUCGGCACUACCGAGCCGCGCUUUGCACCGAGCUGAAGCGGCCCCUGGCCAUUGAAGAAGUGGCCCCCCGCCCUGUCCAGCCUCACGAGGUCAGAGUUGAUGUCCAUUUCUGUGGAGUCAACUUUGCUGAUAUUUUGGCCUGCCGUGGUCAGUAUCAGGAAAUGGCCCAUCUUCCUUUCACACCUGGAAUGGAGUUUUCUGGGACAGUACUGGAGACAGGAACAGAUGUCAGCACAGUGAAAGAGGGAGAUCGAGUUAUUGGUGUGACUGGCUUAAAUGCUAUGGCUGAAGAAUGCAUCACUGACCAGAAGAGCCUAUGGCAGGUUCCAGAAAAGGUCUCGCUACAAGAGGCUGCUGUCCUACCUGUAUCUUAUGGCACUGCAAUUUUGGCUCUAGACCAUCGGGCCUGUACACAGCCUGGAGAAACUGUGUUAGUGACGGCAGCAGCUGGAGCCACAGGACUCGCAGUGAUUGAUGUGGCAACAAAUGUGCUUCAGGCCAAGGUAAUAGCUGCAGCUGGAAGUGAUGAGAAAUGCAAGCUGGCGAUGAAGAGGGGUGCACAAUACAGCGUGAACUACAGUCAGGGAAGUCUGAAGGAUGCAGUGAAGAAUCUGGUGGGCAGUGGUGGGGUGAACGUGGCCAUCGACAUGGUGGGAGGAGAUGCCUUUCUGGAAGCUCUCCGCAGCCUGGCAUGGGAGGGCAGGAUUGUGGUGUUGGGAUUUGCUGGAGGAAACAUUGCAUCUAUUCCCUCCAACUUGCUGCUCCUGAAGAACAUCUGUGCCAUGGGUCUCUACUGGGGUCGCUACAAGCAACAGAACUUUACUGUCUUUUCCAAGAGCCUGUCCUCUGCACUUCAGUACUGCCAGCAAGGGCGCAUCAAGCCACAUGUUGGAGCCACAUUUAAGCUGGAGGAGGUCAAUGAUGCUUUCCUUCAUGUGAUACAGCGCAAAUCCACUGGCAAGGUGCUUCUGUCUCUUAAAUGAUCCUCACCUCAGCAGCAAACUCAACAUGCAUGGCUCAAAAUUCAUCAUCCUCCCUCCAAACUUGAAUUUCUUACUGACUCAUCUUUAAAAUCUUAGGGAUCAGUCAUCUUUGGUUCUGCUUUCUUAUUGCAGAACCAAUAAGACCAGAGAGGUUAUUGCCCAAACUUGUGCCUUUUUGAGAGUAAUUAUCUUCCCCCAAACCAGGAUGUGUUGUCUGGAUGUAUAGCAACAAUUGCUAACUUUUAUUCUCACCUUUUCUAUAUUACUCCCCUCCAUACCAUCUUCUCUAUUCUAAUUAUGCAUCAUCAUCAAUUUCCAGUGACUGCUAUUUUUUAAAUAAGAUUUUUAUUGUGAAAAAUACUGUACAG